UAGUGUGGCUAGAAAACAGGAAAAGCAUCAUGCAGGAGGUCAUUUAAACGUGACCGGAAACACCUUGAAGGUCUCGUGCACAGAUGUGGGCGUUGUGUGGGCGAUUUUCUCUGCUGAGAGAAGAUAUGGCGGUUAAAGCCAGGGCCUGUCAGUUGACAGUUGGGCUCUGGCUUGUUAAAGGCGGUGCGGAAUAGGACUACAUUUCCCAGAGUGCCUUGCGCCCACGGUAACGUCCUAAAAACUCUUGGGUUUGUUCCGGUUCAAAUUGGCAUCUGGCCUGCCUUCCGGGAUGUGAGGGGCGUUUGGGAGCCUCAACCUGGAGACUAGUCACCCCCGAGGUCUAGUACGGGGAUGAGGGACAUUCCACCCAGCGGAACACCGAGUUCUGAAGAGGCUGUGGAAGGAGUCUGCUUUGUAAAGACAGGAAUCAAGUGGAGGACUGAUCACUCUGAGGAGCUUUAAAUCAUGGCCCAUGUAAUGACAUUCAGGGAUGUGGCUAUAGAUUUCUCUCAAGAGGAAUGGGAAUGCCUAAACCCGGAACAGAAGAAUUUAUACAGAGAUGUGAUGUUGGAGAACUACAGCCACCUUGUCUCAGUGGGACUUUGCAUUUAUCAACCACAUGUGUUCCCCAUGUUGGAAAAAGACCAAGAUACCUGGAUGGAUUUAGACAAGACAAGAGGAUUUUGCCCAGAUACGGAUUCCUCAUGGCAGGUGAAGUUACUACCAAAACAUAGCACAUUUUCAAGGGAAUUAUCCCGGUGGGAAAUAAUGGAAGUUGAUAUAAGCCACAGCCUUGAAGGUUCAUGUCUUAGAGGUGAUUGGGAAGACAAAGGUGAGGGUCAAACACAAAAUGAAAAUCAAGAGGAAUGUUUUCAGCAAAUGACUCUCACUUAUGAAAAUCUGCCUACUUUGAACCAGCUCACAGCUUUGAAUCAAUAUCCAAAGCUAAAUAUAGAAGAGAAAUCAAAUGAAUACAAAUAUGAAAAACCCUUUAGUUUUGGCCCAGACCACACUCAGUAUCAGUUAAUUCACACUGGUGAGAAAUUCAGGGAAGAUGUGGAAUGUGGGAAGACCUUUCCUCCUGCUUCCACACUUACUCAAUAUCAGAAAGUUCACACUGGUAAAAAGAAAACAUAUCAGUGUGAAGAAUGUGGCAAGGCUUUUAGUUUUCGUUCAAGUCUUACGGGUCAUAAGAGAAUUCAUACUGGGGAGAAGCCCUUUAAAUGUAAGGAAUGUGGGAAGGCCUUUAGGUUUCAUUCACUGCUCAGUGUCCAUGAGAGGAUUCAUACUGGUGAGAAGUCUUACGAAUGUAAGGAAUGUGGGAAGUACUUUAAUUACAGCUCAGACCUUACCCGGCAUCACAGAAUUCAUACUGGUGAAAAACCCUAUCACUGUAGGGAAUGUGGAAAGGCCUUUAGUUGUGGCUCAGACCUUACUCGUCAUGAGAGAAUUCAUACUGGUGAAAAGCCCUAUGAAUGUAAUGAAUGUGGAAAGGCUUUUAUUCAGCAGUCACAUCUUAUUAAACAUCAGCGAAUUCACACUGGUGAAAAACCUUAUGUAUGUAAGGAGUGUGGGAAAGCUUUUACAUGUGGGUCACAGCUAACCCAACAUAAGAAAAUUCAUACUGGUGAUAAAUUGCAUAAAUGUAAAGAAUGUAAAAAUGCCUUUAGUUUUGCCUUAGAUCAUACUCAACGUCAGUUAAUUUACAUUGGUGAGAAAUUCAUUGAAGAUAAGGAAAAUGGAAAGACCUUUUUGCCUGACUCAGAGCUUAUUCAGUAUCAGACAAUUAAUACUGGUAAGAAAAUAUAUGAAUGUAAAGAAUGUGGCAAGGCUUUUAGUUUACGUUCCAUUGUUAGUGGUCUCAAGAAAAUUCAUAAUAGGGAGAAAUCUUUUAAAUGUAAGGACUGUGAGAAGGCCUUUCGUUGCCCCUCAGACCUUGCUCGACAUCAGAAAAUCCAUACUGGUGAAAAGCCCUAUAAGUGUAAAGAAUGUGAUAAGGCAUUUAUUUGUAGAUCAGACCUUGGUCGACAUCAGAGAGUUCAUACAGGUGUAAAGCCUUAUGUAUGUAAGGAAUGUGGUAAAGCUUUCACUCGUGGUGCACACCUAACUCAACAUCAGAAAAUUCACAUUAAGAAAUCACAUGAAUUCAAUGAAGAUGAAAAGGCCUUUAGUUCUGGCUUAGAGCAUGCUCAACAUCCAUUAGUUCAUACUGGUGAGAAGUUCUGGGAAGAUAAGGGAUAUGCAGAGAAUUUUCUUCAUGAUUCAGAACUUCCUCAAUUUCAGACUGCUAAGACAUCAUAUGAAUAUAAAGAGCGUGGCAGGGACUUCAGUUGGCAUUCAAGUGAUAGGAAUCUUAAGACAAUACAUAUUAGGGAAAAACGUUUUCAAUGUAAGGAAUGCCCAAAGGCCUUUAGAUAUAGCUCAGAACUUACUCGACAUCAGAGACUACAUACCGGUGAAAAGCCCUAUAAAUGUCAGGAAUGUUGGAAGGCAUUUGCUUCUGCUUCUGACCUUGCUCGACAUCAGAGAAUUCAUACUGGUGAAAGGCCCUAUGAAUGUAACGAAUGUGGGAAAGCCUUUAUUCAGCAGUCACAUCUUAUUAAGCACCAGAGAAUUCACAGUGUUGAACAGCCCAAGGAUGUAAUGAAUGUAGAAAAGCCUUUAGUCAGUGGUCACAUGUUAUUAAACAUGAGAGAAUUCACACUGGUCAAUAAUCUUAUAAAUGUAAGGAGUGUUGGAAAGAUUUUACUCAUGGCUCAGCUAUGUCAGCAGACUUACACUGAUGAGAAAUCCAGCUGAUAAUAGUGUGUAGAAAAGCCUGUUUUUGUGGUGCAACUCUUACCAAACAUCAGAGUGUCCAUGUUCGUAAGAAGCCUAUGUGUGUGAGAAAUUUGGGAAAGCCUUCCACACCACUGAAUUCACGGUGGUAGGAAAUCUUGCUAGUAUAAGCAAUGUGGAAAGACUCAUCUUGAGUUCAUAUCUUUCACAAUGUGAGAAAAUUCACAUGCGGAAACUGAAUAUAAGGAAUAUGGGGAGACCUUUUUUCAUGGCUCAGAAUUUAAUAGACAUCAGAAAAUUGGGUUGGCAAAGUACAUGCAACACCAGGAAUGUGGAAACAUUAUUCAUGAUUCAAAACUUAACUGAUAACACAUACUGAAGAGCAGUGUAAGUGAAGAAUGUGGAAAUGCCUUUCAGACUCACAACUUACUUGACUUUAGAGAAUGUAUACUGGCAGGGGACCUUACUUACAUAAGAAUGUGGAGCAUCCUUUACCUGGCACUCAUCCCUCCAGGAAAUUUAUACGGAUGCAGAACCCUAUAAAUGUAAGAAAAGUGGCCAGACAUUUAGUCAUUGUAUAAACUUUGCUCAACAACUGGAGAUGUGUCCUUUGUAUGGUGUGAUACCUAGGCCAUGUGUGUGUUGUGCAAGUACUCUACUUCUGAAUCCUCGGCCCUUAGAAUACUUGACUUUUGAGGAAACCUAUGAAGCUAAAGAUAUUGAUACAAGAACUUGCUUUUCACCAUUGUAAAGUCUCAUGAUACCAAAAUAAGAAAAUCAAUGUAUUUAUGACUCUGAAUUAUUUUUAGAAAUUGUUUCAAUGACCUUUUGACAAAACAAUAUGACUUUCAUCAGAAGUCAUGGUGCAUGGUGUAAUCAAUGUUAAUUUAGGCUAUUAUUUAUAUUACCAUAAUGAUGCCUUAGUAUAAGAAGUUGCAUAUAGCUCCUUUUUUUAUUUAUUUAUUUA